GGUCCUUUUUGGUGUAAAUCUGGACUCUAAUUCUGUAAUAUAUCAAGGAAUCUCGUAAAACCGACACUAAAACGUCCCUGCCUACAAAUCAUCCGGCCAAAUUAUGAGUUCAUUGUAUUAUGCGAAUGCUUUAUUUUCUAAAUAUCCAGCCGCAAGUUCGGUUUUCGCUACCGGAGCCUUCCCAGAACAAACUUCUUGUGCGUUUGCUUCCAACCCCCAGCGCCCGGGCUAUGGAGCGGGUCCGGGCGCUCCCUUCGCCGCCUCGAUGCAGGGCUUGUACCCCGGCGGGGGGGGCAUGGCGGGCCAGAGCGCGGCCGGCGUCUACGCGGCCGGCUACGGGCUCGAGCCGGGUUCCUUCAACAUGCACUGCGCGCCCUUUGAGCAGAACCUCUCCGGGGUGUGUCCCGGCGACUCCGCCAAGGCGCCGGGCGCCAAGGAGCAGAGGGACUCGGACUUGGCGGCCGAGACUAACUUCCGGAUCUACCCCUGGAUGCGAAGCUCAGGGACAGACCGUAAGCGCGGCCGCCAGACCUACACCCGCUACCAGACGCUGGAGCUGGAGAAGGAGUUUCACUACAACCGCUACCUGACCCGGCGGCGGCGCAUCGAGAUCGCGCACGCGCUCUGCCUCACCGAGCGCCAGAUCAAGAUCUGGUUCCAGAACCGGCGCAUGAAGUGGAAAAAGGAGAACAAGACCACGGGUCCCGGGACCACCGGCCAGGACAAGGCGGAAGCAGAGGAGGAAGAGGAAGAGUGAGGGACAGAGAAAGUGCAGAGAAAGAGAGAGACGAGAAAGCCAGAGAGGGAGAAGCCCAGCUCUGGGAAUGAAACCAGGAAACUCAGAUCAAAUAGGGAAGGAAAAAAAAAAAAACUAUUUAAAUGUAAGCAGUUUAAAAUUUUUUUAAGGAGAGAGAAAGGUGAAAUUUUGUUUUCUCAACACUGGAAAAAAAAAUACUACCUAUAGGAAAAUCUGUCGCGCUUGUUUUUGUACAACAUGGGAAGGACAUUAUCUACCUGUUCUGUAGCUUUCUGGAAUUUGCCUCCCCUUUCUAUGUUGCUGUUGUAAGGUCUUUGUAAAAUCUUGCUGUUUGGUAAGCCCCCUUUGACGGGUGCUGUCUUUGUGGACUGUGGGUCUGGACUAACAUGUGUGGUUCCCCGCCCUCCUGAGCCUCCGCCCUCCCAGUAAUGGCGCCAAAAGGGUCUUAGGGAGCCCCAAGAACCCACCUAGUAGCUCCUAGUAGCUCACGUGUACCCCUGUGCCUGACCGCUGCUCCUUGCUCCCGCCAGCGCCCCCUUAACAUUUUUGUGGAUCCGAAGGAUGGAAAAAUAAAAAUGCAAUUAAAAAUAAA